AUGGGCUACGAGGAGAAAGCUUCUCAUAUCGAGCGGGCAGCCGACGAAGCCCAGCAACAGCCUGAUGACGGCUAUGCUCCCGUCGAUAUCCAAAAGGAGACAUGCAUCCUCGAGGAUCCCGAAUGGCUCGCCAAGCAAAAGAAAUACUUGAGGAAACUGGAUUCCAUCCUUCUUCCGACCAUUUCCAUACUGUACUUCUUUGAAUAUCUUGACCGCGGUAACAUUGGAAACGCGAAGCUCUAUGGCCUCAGCACUGGCCACGGCACCGCCAGCGAAGGCAUCGGCCCGGGGAAAGUGAGCGUAUCGGAUACGCAAUGGCAGCUUUGUAUCAUGAUCUUCUAUGUCGGACUGGUUCUCUUCCAGGUCCCUGGCUGCAUUGGAUACCGCGUAUUUCCACCAUCUAAGUGGAUCGCCUUCACCGUUUGUGGCUUUUGUGCUACAAGCCUGCUUCAAAAUUCAGCCUUCAACCUUGCAGGGGAGCUCGUCUGCCGCAUCUUUCUAGGCACAUUUGAGGGACUGUUUGGAACGGGAAUUGUCUACUAUCUCUCCCUCUGGUACCACCGAACUGAAAUGGGUGUCCGCGUUUUUUGCGCUUUUGGGGGCCUCAUUGCAUACGGGAUUGGUCAUAUCGAUAGUCCCACUCCGUCCUGGAAAUGGCUCUUCUUGAUCGAAGCCCUCCCUGGGUUCUGCCUUGGCUUGUUCUGUCUGUACUGGGUCCCGGACCGACCCACCAAGAAUUCGAGGUUCUCUGGAGCGGAUCAGGAGAUCGCGGAAGCUCGAUACCACAGUGAAGCAUUUGAGAAGGCUGGCAAGAUGCAGAAGAAGCACAUACUCGCGGCAGUCACUGACUGGAGACUCUAUGGUCAGGCGGCUGUGUACGUUCCUACUGCUGCCUUGCUUUCAUCUAUAUCUGGUUUCCUCCCUACAGUGGUGAAGAACCUCGGCAACGACAAACCCACGUCCGCAAACCUCAUGACCGUCCCUCCGUAUGCAUGCGCCUUCGCCCUCAUGUAUAUCACAUCUCGUACAUCGGAUCGAUUCCGUGACCGAGGCAUCCACAUCACCUGCCUCGCUCUUGUUGCUACGAUUGCCUACGCGCUGCUUGCGACACUCCCAGAAUCCGACUUGAAGGGCAAAUACGGCUGCAUUUGCAUUGCCGUAGCUUGCGUCUAUGCAACCUACCCGCCCUCGCAUGCCUGGGCUGCCAACAACUUCGGAAACGAGACCAAGCGAGCAGUCGGCAUGGGGCUAUACACGGCGAUAGGUAAUCUAGGUUCUAUUGCCGGGAGCUUCUUCUAUCCUUCGCAUGAGGCGCCUCAGUUCCAAAAGGGCCAUUUCAUAUGCAUGGGCAUGUCGAUUGCGACGGCGCUAUUUGCGCUGGGGAACAGCAUGGCGUUGAGAGCGGUGAAUGAUUAUCGGGAUAAGAAGUAUGGGAAGCCCGAGCCUAGGACGCCAGUAGAUGUCACGGAGUUGGGAGAUGCGAACCCACACUUCAGAUAUAUCACCUGA